UUGAAUUUACAUUGCGAGUGAGAAGCUUCAUGUUAGAUUCUGUUGACGGAUUCCCCUAGAAAAGCAUCCUCUCUCCGGCUCUUCCUUUCCUCUUUUCUCCGAUCGAUCGUCGCUUCUCUUCCUUCCUUCUCUGCUCGAGCUCGCUGGUUGCAUUCGUUAGCUCUCCAUCAUAGUCGUUGCAGCCUCUGUCUGUUCUUAUCUUCUUUGAUUUCCUUACUAAUUUUGGUCGCUAAUAGAUCGAAGCUGCUCAUUGGAGACCUCGCGCUCUUGUACAGUUGCAGUUGCAAUUGAGUUGGGAUUUUAGAUUUUCGAAGAUCCAAGCAAACAAUUUCCAGUCCAGAAUUAAUUUUCUGCUGUAGGUUACUAAGAUAAGAGUGAAAAGGUUUGUUGAUGUUGCAACUUUGAUGAUUUUGAGCCCUUAGCCAGUUGUCAUCUCUUUUCAAGAUGAGCAACCAAUAUGGCGAAGACCAUGAAGACACAACAGUAAUGGGAUUUGAAGUUCCAAAAUCUCCUGAUUCGAGUUACAACAAUCCCUACCCUGGGAAUGAAGAUGAGGCACGUGACCCACCUUUAGUCCCUUCUCACCUGCAACACACCUUGCUUAGCCACCCAGCAAGUGUAGACGCUCCCGAAACUAUUCCUGCACCGCAGAGUGUAAUUCUCAAUCAUCUUUACAUUGAGAACCGGGAGGCCCCACGUUCUAUGGUGGCUCUUGGUUUUACUCAUCGCUUCCGUUCAAAAUAUGUCACAGUUGUGCUGUACAAACCAGUUCAGAGGAGGGGGAGCAACAGCACUUAGUAUUCAUAUAGUUUAAUCUUUAGUUAGAGUUGGUCUCUCAUUGCCCUAAUUGUGAUAGAAGUAGUUGUGAUUGACUGAAAUACCAAAUUAGCUGGAUAGAAUAUUUUAUUGUCUCACAGCAUCUCUUGGUAUUAGGACUAUUUUAUUGGAGUUAUAUUUUCACAUGAAGGAUCAAUUAUUAUCAAUUCUAUCACAAGGGAAGAUUCGCUAU